AUGAUUGUAUUGUGCUGGAGCCUUGAUGGAAAACAGAUGAUGUCAAACGCGCUUGGGGAACUUAGGUUGACUCUUGGCCGGGGGCAGUCUCAGCUCUCUCAACAUGAACCGCUGUUACCAGGUGCACUGGAACAUGCUGCCCGGCACCCUGCUCUGGAACGCGUUCACCGCGUUGCAGGCCGAGACCACAUGUUUGAAAACCACCACGGUGCUCUGCCGCCCUGCACAGGGUCACCAACUGGAUCGUCCGAACACCGACAACCUCUGAGAGACAGCGGCAAGGUCUUCGAGAAAGAGGAGAGCGUGGCUUUGCGGGAUGGAGGGAUGGGAACUCCCCAGGGAGCACAGCCACAAAGAGGCCCGGCGGCGCAAGAGGACGAGGAGAGCGGGCCUCGGGGGCAGCGGACCCGGCUCCGCUACGACAGUCUGCGCGGGCCUACUUGCCUCCCGCCGCCCGAGACGCCCCGCCCCCCAGCCUUUCGUACGACUCGUCGCGGAAAAUGGUCGCACUACCUUGUCGCUCCUUCUAACCUCAGAGGGACGUCAGAACCAGCGUCCCUGAAAGGCGCCAGGUUGCCCAUUGGCUGUCUUGCCAUUCCCCCCAGCCCCCUCACCUCCCUCCUGCGCGUGCGCAGCACUUGGGCUCCCAGGGCAACGGGGAGCCGAAGUGUUCUGCUCACCCCGAGGGCGGUGCGAAUUGGUGCUGGCUGUUUUACGCCCACAGACUUCGGGUUCCUGGAAACAUUGACCUUCAGGGACGUGUUUGUGGACUUCACCCAGGAGGAGUGGCAGCAGCUGGACGCUGCUCAGAAGAACCUCCACAGGGAUGUCAUGCUGGAGAACUACAGCCACCUGGUCUCCGUUGGAUACCUUGUGGCCCAGCCACAUGGGAUCUUCAGGUUGGGACAAGGAGAAGAGGAGGCUGGGAUGGCAGCUGGAGAAAGCCUGAUGUGGAGCUGUCCAGAGUUAUGGAAAGUUAAUGACCAGACAGAUAACCACAAGGAAAGCCAAGACAAACCUCUAUGGCAAGCUGCAUCCAUAGAUAAGGAAACACUGAAGGAUAAAAGUGGCCAAGAAUUCAGAACAUAUGGAGAAAUCAUUUAUCCAAGCACAGGCUUUGUUUCUAUAGGACAAAGACUCACUAAAUAUUAUUCAUGGGGAGAGUGUUCAAAACAUAAUUUCAUUUUUCUUAGUCAAAGUAGAAGCUGUGUAAGAAAGAAUGGUGAUGAAUGUAAGGCAUAUUGGAAAUUAUGCUUCCAUUCUAAUCUUGAUAAAGCUCAAUCUGGAGAGAAAUUCUUUGAGCCUAAUGAACAUGGAAAAGCCCUCCACCCUAAGCAAGCUCUUAAUAAAAGUCCAAGAAUUCAAAAUGGGGAGAAACUCUAUCAAUGUUCUGAAUGUGGAAAAGUGUUUAUCCAGAAAGCAAACCUUGUUGUACAUCAGAGAACUCACACUGGAGAGAAACCUUAUGAAUGCUGUGACUGUGCAAAAACUUUCAGCCAGAAGUCAACCCUAAUUGCACACCAGAGAACUCAUACAGGGGAAAAGCCAUAUGAAUGCAGUGAAUGUGGGAAAACAUUUAUCCAGAAGUCAACUCUGACUAAACAUCAGCGAACUCAUACAGGAGAGAAACCAUUUAGAGUUCAUACACGAGAAAAAUCCUAUGAAUGCAGCAUAUGUGGGAAGACUUUCAGUGGAAAAUCACAUCUCUCUGUCCAUCAUAGAACUCACACAGGAGAGAAACCUUAUGAAUGCCGAAGGUGUGGGAAAGCAUUUGGUGAGAAGUCAACCCUUAUUGUACAUCAGAGAACUCAUACAGGAGAAAAACCCUAUAAAUGCAACGAAUGUGGGAAAGCUUUCAGUGAAAAGUCACCACUGAUUAAACAUCAGAGAAUACAUACAGGAGAGAGACCCUAUGAGUGCAGUGAAUGUAGGAAAGCAUUCAGUAGGAAGUCAACUCUCAUUAAACAUCAGAGAAUUCAUACAGGAGAAAAACCUUAUGAAUGCAGUGAAUGUGGGAAAGCUUUCAGUGUGAAAUCAACUCUCAUUGUACAUCACAGAACGCAUACAGGAGAGAAACCUUAUGAAUGCAGAGAGUGUGAUAAAGCCUUCAGUGGGAAGUCAACUCUCAUUAAACAUCAGAAAAGUCACACAGGAGAUAAAACCUAUUAA